AUGAGGACUAAAGUGCAUAAGGUUGAAAGUGGUGAAACAUUAAAGAUAAAAGUUGAUGAAGGCAAAGUUGUGUUCCUUGACAAGGCUAUACUUGGAAAUGAGACACAGGAGACUGUUUAUCUGAAAGUCUGUGUUGAUGGCGGUGAAGAACUUGUAGCUGGAAGACUGAACUCUUGUAGCUGGCCCAAAAAAGUUUUGAAUAUCGCAUUUGACAAAGACUUCCAAUUCACUCACACUGGGACCGAUACCUCUGUCAAACUUUACACAAUUUUAAGUGCACAAAGAAUUCUUCCAUAUCCUUUUCUCAAACAUAACUUUUUACAAACUCAGAAUCACUAUGUUUAUAUUGUUUUAAUAUUAAAGUUUUGGUAUUGUUGA